GUUACUAUGAUAGCGUAUUAGCCCGCAGUGCUCGGCCGUGCUUUGCUGACAGUCACUAACACCUGGGUGCGCGACGCACUCUCGCGAUAUUCGGCUGGUGCGUGGCGUGUCUGUCAGUCGGUGAACACCACAGCGCACUCAUCACCAGAUGGCUGGCGGGCAAGACCCUAAGUGGCAGAAAGAUGCCGCCGACCAGAACUUCGACUACAUGUUCAAGCUGCUCAUCAUCGGCAACAGUAGCGUGGGCAAGACGUCCUUCCUGUUUCGGUAUGCCGAUGACUCGUUCACAUCGGCCUUCGUCUCGACGGUCGGCAUCGACUUCAAAGUGAAGACGGUGUUCCGCCAUGACAAGCGUGUCAAGCUGCAGAUAUGGGACACGGCAGGACAAGAGAGAUAUAGGACGAUCACUACAGCAUACUAUCGAGGUGCCAUGGGCUUCAUACUGAUGUAUGACAUCACCAAUGAAGAAUCUUUCAACAGUGUUCAGGACUGGGUGACUCAGAUAAAAACAUAUUCUUGGGACAACGCACAGGUAAUCCUAGUUGGAAAUAAGUGUGACAUGGAAGAUGAAAGAGUAAUCAGUUUUGAAAGAGGAAAGCAACUUGCAGAACAACUGGGAAUUGAAUUUUUUGAAACAUCAGCUAAGGAGAACAUUAAUGUGAAAGCUGUUUUCGAACGGUUAGUAGACAUAAUCUGUGACAAGAUGUCAGAGAGCCUGGACUCGGAUCCAAAUCUCAUGAAUGCUGGCUCUAAAGGAACACGUCUGACAGAACAACCUGCUGGCCCACAAAAUGGAAGCUGCAAUUGCUAACUGCUUCUGGAACUGUAAAUUAAUCAAAAUAAGCAGCCACAAUGUAAUGGGAAAUAAAUUUAAUAUGGAAUUAAAUAUACCUGAAUAAGGAUGUUAACAUUUAAAACAGAAUUGUACAGUAAAUAUGUUAUGUGAUUAAAAAUAUUUCUUAAUAGUGAUAAGUGCCAGUGUGUAUUUAUCCAGGUGUCUAAAUAAUGAGAACUAACCAAACUUAGGAAUUACACGAAUACAAUAACAGAAAGGUAAUUAAGGUGACUGCAUUCUAUGAUACUUAAAUAAACAAUAGUGUAAGAAAAUGUUUGUGUGUAAGAAUAUAUACAUUCUGAAUCAUUGAAAUCGAAAUAUGUGUUUUCUGUUUUUAUUGCUUUGUAAUUGUAGUUACUGUCCAUUAUCUCUGGCUUCUAGGUUUCUUGUUGUUCUGUAUUUUCUAAUGUCAAACAUGUUACCUCAGCCAGUUGUAAGUAUGAUAGCUAACUCUGUUUAAAACGAGGAAUAAACUAUGAAUAAUAUUCAUGGAGAGAUGUCAAUUUCUUGGGAAACAUUUUGUGGGUAUAAAAUAUAAUUUUUAUAAUUAAUGAGCAUUGUUCAAGAAUGUUUAUGAUGAUAAAAGCUUCAUAGAUCAAAUACACACUUCUUGAAGAACUGAAAUUCUUUUCACUGAAAGUCCUUCUGUAUUUCUACCUGUCUGUAUCUAGUGAUCAAUGCAAAUGUGUAGAGAAACAAAUUAAAUGUUCGUAUUAUGGCCUUAAGUAGAACUGUCAAACAGUUAGUAGCUUCACCUCCCAGUAUAAUAACAAUGUAUUCAAGGUAUUAUUACUGGAUAUUUCAGCAAAGAGCUUUAUUUGUUUCCAUGCAAUUGUUUGAAGUAGUAUGUGGCAUGUAAAGCAUUUUGUGUGCUCACUGUGUGUGUAUUUUCCUGAUCUAUGUGGCUUGGACUGUUGUGUUAUAUUAAGUAUUCAGUUGUCACAAAUGUGGUAUAUUUAGAGCUUCAAUAUGUUUAGCAUUUUUGAUAAUAUUUUCCACUUACAUAAAUAUUUGAAAAACAUUCAGAGUACCAUUACUUUUUAUAUCACAACAUUUGUGUUCAUCAGAUUUUUUAAGUAACAAUGUUCUUUGGCCAUAUACGUUUGUUUCAGAACCUUUCAUUUUCUAUUUUAUCUCUGGUUUGUUGACGCAUGUCUGUAAAAGAUAUUAUUUUUUAUAAUUGGUUCUCAAGACCAUCAAUUGAGUACUAUUAUUAAUGCAUAUAGCUAUUAACACCGGAUGUCAUUGUGUGGCACAUCAUUGACUAUAAAACUGAUUGUAUGUUUAAUACAUGAGGGGUAGCAAAUCUAUAUUUUUAGACUUUAUUCAUGUAUGUCCUGAAAUGUAGGCCUACAGACAAAAGACUUUCUUUGUGUUCAGUGUCAAGGAAAAAAGUGUUAUUAGUUCUUUUGGACUAUAACAUGGGUAACAAGCCACUACAAAGAACUACAGCCAUUAAAAAACCAAGUACACAAUUUUUAUGUUAUUUUCAUUGCUGAAUUGUGUAAUAAAAUAUAACCUUCCACAAAUGCAA